CAAUAGCCAAGCAAAUUAGUUCUAAAUCUCUAUAAAAACUUACUAGUUCAUACAAGUAUAACUAUCCUCUCUCUUACAUCUGGAUAAACACUGUCUUUUCUGACUAUACAAGACAAUUCACAUCCAUGAUUUACCUCGUGGCUUGUGGCAGGGGCGGCACAUAAGUAAAUCCGAGGACCGAGAACUCCGCAUAACGCGUCCGACAAACACUGAAGGCUUAUGGAUACGUAUUGGAAGAAUCUGCUUGAUUCCUUAACUAAAAGGCUGCCUUAAAGACACGUUGAGGAUGAUGAUGAUGAUGAGAAAGCAGGAAAAACAGGAACGGCAGGAGGGGCAUCAAGCACCCUACAGAUCUGGGAGAUGGUAUACGAUGAGGUUCUAGAGGAGAUUACUACGGAGGACAUCCCUACUUCUGAGUUUAAACCACCGUCUCGAAGUCGUUUGGAAUACUGCCGUGUAUUCCCCGUCAAAACCAGAUCCAGAUCUGCGGUUGUUGCGGCCUGCAGGCCUUCCCAGGAUUCAGGAUCGUCAAGCUACGAUGACACCAAUGAUGGCUAUGAUCCCGACACGCCUCGUCGACGGCAACCUCGAGGGUCUCGUCUUCCUCCUCCCUCUUCACCGACCGUACAGAAAACCCAACACUCACGCUCCCAAGGCCAGUCCCGACAGUAUUGCACACAACUGUGCCUUCUUGGCCUGAUUCGAGGCGGGAAACUAGAUCGCAACUGCCCAAAUGUACUCGACCACGGGACUGAUCACCAUCGAUUGAACCCAACCACGCUUAUCCGCCAGCUCAACCAGCAGCUCUCUCCCAAGAAACUACAGCCUGAUACAAAAGUUGGGGUGCGAAUCGCUGCACGGACACGGCACGCGUGGGGGCGCUCUUCAGAAUCACGCUCUGGUCUCACGGGUAUACGUUCGUCGGCAAAGAGCGCACCGAUCGAACUUGUGAACGGCCUCAAAAGCACGAGCGGCGUGUGUAUUCAUGCCUUGCCCCAAUUCAAGGGACGGUCGUGCCAGUCUUUCCUCGGUUAGCUUGGACCUUCCC